AUGAAUUAUUAAAAAUUUCGUUAAAAUGUGGAUUUCUACUUAAAGCCUCAAAAGGAAAAGUUAGAAAGUCCAAAAGAAAAAUCGUUUGUUUCUCCAAUUAGGAUAAAAACAUAAUAAAGCAAUUAAGAAUCAGAAAACAAAAAGAAGGCAUUGCCUGUAUCAAAUAUGAUGGACAGGAUCAAUAAAGUUAUUUUGGAUCAGAGAGUCAAAUCCCCAAUGACUACUUAAAGGAAUAUCGAAUAACAAAACAAGGAGAAUCAUUUUGAAUGUUUUUUAAAGAGACAGGGCUAUUUAGCCAAUUAUUAUAAACAUAGAUGA